UUUUCUGCCCUGAAAGGGUGACAUCAACAUUUUUGAUCGAUCACAUCUUGAUUUUCUUUUCAAUAAUUCUUAAACUUGAAAGCUAUCGGCUCACUCAUUUAUUUUCAGAAGAUCUUAUUUUCAACAAAUGUUGUCAUGUUGUGUGGGCAGACUUGUUUGUCUGCUAUAUAUUUUCCCGCGAAUCAACAACAAACAACGUACUGUUAAACCUACUGCUAGUGAAACCAUUUGCACUUCAUGGUCUAAAUUUCUAUCUAAUCUUGCCUCAAACAUCAUUAGACGGUCAAAUAUUUUAAUUUUGAGUUUAUCCGUGCUCAUCUGAACACCAAAUUAAUUUCAGUUAUGAUUUUAAUCAAGCUGCCAAGUGAAGGCAAAGAGGUUCAAUGGGGAAUUAUAGAGUUACAAGGUGAUUUGGUGUCUCAAAGUGACCAGGAAACACAUGGUCAAUUCAUAGGUGAUCUUCACUACACCAAACAGGGAACACCCAUACUUAUUAUUGGUCACCAUAUCUUAACUGGUAAGGAGGUUGCUCUAGAGAAACCAUUUGCAGUAUUAGAACGUAAGAGAGGAAUCCAGCCAGAUUGCUGCAAGCUGGAAAACACCGAAACAUCUGAAUCACACACUGAGUACCAAAUUCGAGCUAUCAUCAAGAAAAAGUUGUUAUUCAAAGUCCGUCCUAAGCCUAUCAUAUCUAAUAUUUUAAAAUCAGUAUAGUGUCUGAGAAAGAAGAAUUCCUUUGUGAUUUGUGAUUGAGUUUUUUACAAGUAUUGUGAUGUGAUUUUAAAUAAUAGGAGUAACUUAUUUUUUGGAAUAACAUUUAAUGAAGUAAUUAGUACAAUAAAUCAUUUAUUUACAACACA